AUUGACCAUUAGACUGCGAAGAUAGGGUGCAAUUGGGCAACAAGGAUCAGGGAAGAGAACCAACAAGAUACUAGUCAUCUGAGAGCACGCAGAGUAAGGGGAAGGAAGAAGAGCUAAGGAGCAUUUGAAGUACAAAGCAUCAAUGGCUAGCAGUUCAGAUGAGAGGUAUGUUUGGCCUUGGACAGGCAUUGUUGCCAACAUAUUUGGGAAGCCAAAGCAUGAACCAGUGGAGUGUGAUAGCAUGUAUUGGCUGAGAAAGUUUGAACAAUACAAACCCGAAGAGGCUUAUGUUUUGCAUUGUGCAGAAGAUCCAACAGGGUACGUUGUGCUGGAAUUUGGUACAGAAUGGACUGGGUUCACGCAAAUGAUGAAGUUAGAUACAGAUUUUCUUGUUGAUCAUCAUGGAAAAAAGGAUUAUUAUGAGUCAAGGAAAAUGGGUUAUUCUUCAGGCUUAUUUGGUUGGUGUGCACAGGCAGAAGAUUACAACUCAGAAGGGCUUGUUGGAAAUUUUCUCCGUCAGAAAGCUGAGCUGAAAACAACCUCUAUGGUUGCACAAGAGUCAUUAAAUGAAAAAACUGAAACUCUGGAUCAUUUGUAUGGGGAAAUAGGCUCUGUAAACAAAAAGAUUAGUGAGAUGGAAUCGAAGUACAUUGAGGACUACAUGUCAUUGGAUAAAAUGAUGAAAGAGAUUGAGAAGAAGAGAGACUUGCUUCACCAGACUCGUGCUGAAGAUGAUCAUGUAAAUUGUGCUCCAGUGUUGAAGUCGAUGGUAAUGCGUGGACGUGAAAUUACUUAUAAAGCCAUGGAAAAAAAUAAAAAAUUGCAACAAGAGAUAGAUACAAUGAAUGAUGAACUCGAUCGCUGGUGUCAACAACUGAUUGAACAAGAAAAGUCAACUAUACAACAAAGGAGAAAAUUUGAGGAAGAAAAGAAAAGCCAAAUGGAAUCACUAAUUUUAGCAACAGAGAAGCAGAUGAAGGCCAGAAGUGAUGUUCUCAGUUUGCUUGAAAAGCAUCAGGUGUGUUACGUGUUGUUUGUUUCUUCAUUCAGAAGUGAUGCACUGUUGAAGCUUGAAAAAGAGAAGGGAAAUGAACAAAAUUUGAAUUUAGAAAUUGCUGAACUAGAGGAACAACUCAAGGUUUUGAGGUGUGUGAACUCAGAGGAAGCUGAUCAUGAGAAUAAAAGAAAGAUCGAAAUAGAAGAGAUAGAAGAAAAAUUGGAGGACAUGAUUUUUGAUAUGUCCGUAAAAGAUGAUGAAAAUCAAGCUUUGAAGAAGAAGGUACAAGAAGCUAAAAUUGAGCUAGAAGAUGCUAGGCAACAAAUUAUUAAGGUAAAUGUUCUGUUCUGA